GGCUGGGUCGGCGGCCCCGCCAUGAGGGGGGCUGUGAUCGGCCGCCUGUGCCUUGCCCUGCCCUGGGCGCUGAUGCUGCUGAUGCUGGCGGACAUUGACUCGGGCCGGCGCCCCCGGGAGACGCCGCUGCCACUCUCUCCAGCAGCCAACCUGUCACUGCCCACCAUCUACGCCAUCACCCCCACCUACAGCCGGCCGGUGCAGAAGGCCGAGCUCACCCGCCUGGCCAACACCUUCCGCCAGCUGCCCAGCUUCCACUGGGUGUUGGUGGAGGACGCGGCCGGCCGCAGCCGCCUGGUGUCCGAGCUGCUCGCUGCCUCUGGCCUCCCAUCCUACACCCUCCUGUAUGUCCCCACUCCCCGCCGCUACAAGCGGGCCGGCCUGCCCCGGGCCACCGAGCAGAGGAACGAGGGGCUGCGCUGGGUCCGCAAGAACCGCUCCUCACACACGGCCGGCGUUGUCUUCUUCGCGGACGAUGACAACACCUACAGCCUUGAGCUCUUCCACGAGAUGCGUUCGACCAAAAAGGUGUCUGUCUGGCCGGUGGGACUAGUUGGGGGGCGGCGGUAUGAGCGGCCGCUGGUGGAACAAGGCCGUGUGGUGGGCUGGUACACCGGCUGGAGACCAGACAGACCCUUCGCCAUUGACAUGGCAGGAUUUGCUGUGAAUCUGAAAGUUAUUCUAUCAAACCCAAAAGCCGUCUUCAAGAGGGGUGGAUCACAACCGGGCAUGCAAGAAUCAGACUUUCUGAAACAAAUUACAACCGUCCAUGAACUUGAGCCAAAGGCUGCUAACUGCACCAAGGUCCUUGUUUGGCACACACGGACCGAAAAGGCAAACCUCGUUUUUGAACCUAAACAGAACCAGGAUGUAAUUCACAUCGAAGUAUAGAACUGCUAUUCUCAGAAUAGAACGUGCAGGGAGCACUGCACGCAUCCUGGAGAACCUUCAACAAAACAGUUUACACAAGCAAUCUGUGGCAGCAGCAAGUAGGAUAAAUUAUUCUUCACUUGGGACACUUUUCCAAGCAAGAGUUAACAUCAAUUUUUAAAAAUGUUGUUGUCAUCUGCAUGUUUUGUAGCACAUUUGUUAAUUUCAAUAAAAGUAUGUCACAUACAAAUAAAACAUCUUCCUCCUUCUACUUAUGUAGUUGACUCACUUACCUGUUCAAUGUAUACAAAUGAUAGUGGCACAGCUAGCAGAGCUGCUGACUCAUUGCUCCAACAAGCAGUUUAAUUCAGAUCUCUAGUGCUGUCUGUGUGAAGUUUGCACAUUCUCUUUGUGCCCAAUUACUGACAGGAGUAUGGGGAAAACAUGUUGCAGGAAAAAUUAGGAGAAUAGGGUUGUUGGGGUUUUGUGCCUUGAGACAUUGUGUUGAAUGAUCACUUUCAAUAUCAUAAAGAAAUACGAAUAAAGAGUGCUUACAUUCACUUCUCUUCAAUAAAAACAAAAUCUCAUCAACUCGAGAAACAUCCUGAACUCUGUGGAUCACCUUCAGGCAUUCUCAAACAAGGUGAACUCUUCAUGCCGUUCAGAAGCAAAUGAGGCCAGUGCUCUCAUGUCAGGAUUAAAUUAAAUUAUUCCACCAGACAAAUGUGCACAAUAGACAGUAGUUUAAUUGAUUUAAUACAUGUAGAUAACAUUUUUGUUAUACUAGGCACCAUAAAUAGUAACCACCACUGCAGCAAUAAACCUGGAUGUAGCUCUAGAGAAAUUAAAUGUCUUGAGAAGUGCUACACAGUUAAUUAUUGCUCAUAUCUGGUGCAUUAAACUCGUAACUUUUCACUUUAAGUAUCUGUUACAAAACAUCAGUUAUUAUUUAACAAAGCUAUAAUACUCAGCAUCAAAAGAAAUCCGUCCUAUUGCAAUAGAUGUUUAAACAUUAUAUACCACAAUAGUUUAAAAAACUAUAAAUAACUGUUACAUACAUUGAUAAUUUGUGAAUUGGGACUGUUAAAAAAAAAGGUCCACCAUUUGAAAUCUGUGGUAUCUUCUGCUUUUCAAGGAAAAUGAACAUCGCACCACAGGUUGGUGAGCUCAGAAAUACAAUUUUGCUCUCAAAAGUUUGUUACCUACUAAGUUAGGGUCACCUCUUUGAGAAGGGUCCUCAUUUACGUAAGUGUGUUGAAAAAGGGCAUCAUAAAACAGGAAUAAAAUAUUGUAAACAUGUUCCUUUCAUCAUACCUUUCAUCUUCGGUAGACAUUAUCACAAUUGUGUCAAAUAGUUUAAAAUUUAGAAUGUUAGAUUCUCAAUAUCAUUUGAGCAAACACUAUAUAAUAUUUAUUUGCAUUGUAUGUGGUGAAUAGUUCAUGACUGCAGUCUAAACUAAACAACUGUUAAUCACAAUGCUAAAUGUGUAUAGACUGCUCAGUUUUUGAAAGAUCCAACAGUUGGAAAUUUAUCAUAGUAUUGCAACCUCCUUGCUUUGAUUGGAUGAAAAAUACCCAAACUUUUUCCGUUUUUUCUCUAAUUUAAUAAAAAUGUGCAAGUCUUGUUCAUGACGAGUUUCAGGGGUGAUUUAUAUAAUAUUUGUACACACUAUGUGAAAAUGUCAUGUAGUUCUGUGACAUGGGUC